AUGACAUUUGCCUCUCAAACAUUUGCCCAGCUACCCUUUCCCAAAAAGCCAUCGUCUGUCCAAAAAAUGAAACCGUCAAUGAAAUCAAUGAUCUGGUACUUCGUCAAGCUCCAGGCGAUACCAAAAUCUACCUUAGCACUGACACAAUUGUUCCCCACAUUGGUUGUCAAGAGGAUAUUGAAGUUUUGUACCCACCAGAGUACCUACCUGAAUAUGCUUAACUUUAGUGGUCUUCCGAGUCACAAACUUGAGUUAAAGCCUCACUCGCCGGUUAUUCUCUUACGAAACAUCAAUCAAACUUCAGGCCUUUGUAACGGGACCAGAUUAAUCAUCACACAAUUAUUACCAAGGAUUAUUGAAGCACAAGUUAUAACCGGCACGGCUAUCGGACAUCGUGUUUAUAUACCCAGGAUUUCUUUAACAUACAACGACAAGGAGCUUCCAUUCACUCUCAAGAGAAAGCAAUUCCCGUUACGCCUUUGUUAUGCAAUGACCAUUAACAAAAGUCAAGGUCAAUCCCUCAAUAAGAUUGGCAUCUACCUACCACAACCCGUUUUCAGCCACGGUCAAUUAUAUGUUGCCUUAUCACGAGCUACCUCACCUAAUGCACUAAAAAUAGUUAUUAAACCUACCGAAGAAACCACUGACAAUCAAACAAAAAACAUUGUUUAUUCAGACUUCUUAAAUGAAAUUGCCCCAUUAUAA